AUGGGUAAGCGUCUGUCUAUGGAUAAUACCAUAGAGUUUUUGAAAGGAAGGGUUUAUCUUGGAGCAUAUGAUUACAUACCAGAAGAUGAUGAUGAAGUAGUGUUCUUCACUGUUGAAAACACUUUAUUCUAUAAUAGGUUCCAUUUAGAUUUUGGUCCUAUGCACAUUGGGCAUUUGUAUCGAUAUGCGGUGAUAUUCCAUGAGAUUUUGAACGAUCCCGAAAAUUUCCAAAAAGCGGUUGUAUUUUACUCGUCUACUUCGACCAGACAGCGUUCCAAUGCAGCUUGCAUGUUGUGUUGCUAUAUGGUUUUGAUUCAAGGAUGGACACCGCAUCAAGUUCUGCAACCGUUGGCGCAAGUUGAUCCACCUUUCAUGCCGUUCAGAGAUGCCGGUUAUUCGAACGCUGACUUCGAAAUCACCAUCCAGGAUGUGGUAUACGGUAUCUGGAGAGCGAAAGAGAAUGGAUUGAUUGACCUUUCCAACUUCCAAUUGGAGACUUAUGAGAAAUACGAGAGGGUCGAAAAUGGUGACUUGAACGCACUAACCCCAGAUUUUAUAGCAUUUGCAUCUCCUCAAGAAGAAAUGCGUAGACAUCAGCCAUUGGGUGCUUCUUCGAAAGCAUUGAGUUCGAAGCCACAUUUAAAUCAGCCAUUCCGUAAGGUUUUGGAAUAUUUUAAGGAGAAUGAUGUCCAACUUGUGGUAAGGCUCAAUUCACAUUUAUACAAUAAGAAGCAUUUCGAAGAUAUCGGGAUACAGCACUUGGACAUGAUUUUCGAAGAUGGUACUUGUCCAGAUUUAUCAAUCGUUCAGAACUUCGUAGGUGCUGCAGAAACCAUAAUCAAGCAGGGUGGUAAAAUUGCAGUGCAUUGUAAGGCGGGGCUCGGAAGAACCGGAUGUUUGAUUGGCGCACACCUCAUUUAUACAUAUGGAUUUACCGCUAACGAGUGCAUAGGUUUCUUGAGAUUCAUGCGACCCGGUAUGGUCGUUGGUCCUCAACAACACUGGCUCUAUCUAAAUCAAAAUACGUUCAGAGAAUGGAAAUACACCAUGAGACUGUCUCAAGAGCCAAGCGAUGUGAUCGGUGGAUUGUAUCCAUUGAUCACUUUGGAAGAGUAUAAGAUACAAAAGAAGAAAAAGAAGGUAGCAUAUGAAUCAGAAUACACCCAGGAUGACCACACGAUGACUCCUCCCUCCGUAUCGAGAAAAACCAUGGGCUUCCAAAAAAGUACAACUACAGCUGUACCUCAACAAUCCCCAGGUCAGCCAAGAAAGGGCCACGGCGGUAACACCAUUGAAGAUAUUAACAAAAAAGAAAACCAGGGAGCAGGCAAAAUUGCUGAUAAUAACAGCGAUUUAGAUGAUUCCAUGAACACAGAAAAUAGCAUGAAAACGUCCCCAAGUGAUACUAGACCAAUCAAUAGCUCAUUAGUGGAAGAUGCAGAUGCACUAAAACAAGUCCUUCCUAAGAACAGACGUCUUGUUUCCUCUAAUGGGAAAAGAACAACAAGUGGAGUCAGGAAAGUGUCUUCUAGUAAACGAUAG